AAACGAUAGCAGCACGAGACUUAUUAUUAAGAUGAAGAGGCGGGAAAACUGUCUGGUUACACAUCUUUGCGUUUGGGAUAGUCUUGGUCGAGGCAGACCCUAAUAAAGAAGAAUAAUGAAACAUCAGCUCGAUGUCUUUUUGAAUCAAGAUAUACAUGCUUUCAUCUGUCUCGUCCUCUAAGGAGAUUACAGCCGUUCCUCUCCUUUACAAAAACACUGGCCUUUAAUUAAAUCCUUAUCUCUCCACCCCGUCCUCGCUCCUGUCUCGUUCUCCCCUGCAGCUUACACCAUCAUCCCGUCCUCCUCGGUACCUCAGCACAGGUGAAUUAGCUGCUUUAAACGGAACUUGUGUCUCUACUGUUGUUAAGACUACCACUUGCUCCAGAAGUUACCAAAGUGCCAUGAAGACUCCGGGGACACUCACGGCUCUGUCGAGGGCAUCCGUGAGGUUUUAUAUCAUAGUCGUCCUGCUCGUGAGAAGUGAGUACUGUACUUCUAACACUGUCAAAGUGUUGCUUUCUUGUCUUAUUCCGUCCUCUUUUGGCUGUCAAACCUCCACGGGUUAACAAUGUUGUGACAAUCGGACUUAGCGUCAAUGGGCAUCUAUGAGAUUGUGCUAUUUCGGUGUUCCGGCUUCGUGCCAUCUUUUCAGGGUCGUCGGGGUUAGUCUGUUAUACUACGGUGGAAUCACUGGAUUUAGGCUGCCUCCUGCGGUGGGAUUGUCCUCAUGCCAGUCCUAAUACCACCUACACCGUGCAGACAAAGACUCAGGGGUAAGUAGUACAGUCUGUAUGUUUCUGCACCUAGUCCCUGCAGACACAUGACAAUUGACCUUUUGCUCAUUAUUUAAUACAUGCAAUAAACUUAUUAUAGCUAACAACCUAUUCGUACAUUAAUACAUAUCUUACAUAAUGCAUUACCGUCAUUGCUUGCUUUGUUCACCUGCAUGCACUCAGGAAAGUUUUUUUUUGUCCACUUUAGUUAUGUAAUAACUUAAGUAUUUCAAAGUCCAAGCAGAAGGUACUUUGAGGAUACUGAGGAUAUGUAAUUGGGGAUAUUAACAGUAUAGCAGUUUAUGAAUAGGUCAGCACUUUUACCAGCUGCAAUGUACAAUGAUAAGUAUUACAUGUAUGGAAGUAAAUAUGUGCCAUCUGAGUUUGAAUUUGAAUUUCUAAAGCUGAAUUUUUUUGCAUUAAAAUCAGACUAAGAAUUUCGAAACUUGAAUUUGAAGCAUGCAUUUUUAUUGACACUUAUUUAUCGCAAUGAUUACAUAAAUUAAGUGUAAAAAAAAUUAGUCUAUCAAAAGAUUUGUUUAGUAAAAAUUCAACUUAGAAAAAAAUGUGUAAAAAAAUUCAACAUAAGAAAAAAAAUAAAAGUCAAAAAAUUCAGUGAGAAACUGACUGACUCAACAUCCAGGUAACCAGGUAGAGCAAUCAACUCCUGGCCUAAUCAUACAUUGUCCAACCAAUCAAAUAAUGCUAGAUUGGUCAUGUGGCACAGACCCCAGUAGAAGAUUCAGGAAUCCAUUGCUUCUCCCUGAUUACCCGGAUGUUGAGUCAGCCUGUUUUACACAAAAUUUUUUGACACUGAAUUAUUUCACAGUGAAAUUUAUUUUAUGUUGUGUUUUUUUUUAUUAUUUUAUUUUACACAGUUUUUUUUUUUUUUAACUACACAAAUAUUUUGAGAGACGGAUUUUUUUACACUGAAUAUAUUUCAUCAUUGUGAAAAAAAUAAGUGUAAAUAAUAAAAAUGCUUCUUUGAAAUUCGAUGGUUUUGGAAUUCAAAGUCUGAUUUUGAUGCAAAAAAAAAAAAAUCAGCUUUAGAAAUUCAAAUUCAAAAUCAGAUGGCACAGAUUUACUUCCAUAUACAUGCAUCAAUAAUAAUGAAAUAAUACAUCCUAAUAACAUAAUACAUAACGCUUGCACAAGGCUUUUAAUUUUGAUAAAGUUGCAAUGUGAAAAAUUGUCAUGCCUAGGCGAAAAAUAUAUUUUUGCCCUAGAAAGUUUGAUGCCCUGUGCAGAACUCCAUUAUUGCGUCUUUCUGCAUGUAUCACCUUGAUGUGGGUUUCCUCUCCUGCUCAGCUGAGUAGUACAGCUAUAUACAGUCUGCAGAAGUGCGGCAGGGGGAGACAUUUGUACAUGCUGGUUUUCAUUAGCAGCACUUUGUAUAUCCUUCCACUCUUUUCUGACCUUGGUGUCCUUUGAAAAGAAGCAUUACUUCAAGGGUUAGGAUAGUUUGAAAUAAAAGUAAAGUUGAAUUCAAGUAAAUUUUGUAUAAUUCUUCUCACUUCCCUCCAUAGUUUAUAAUUCUUCAUGAUGGUUCCUUUGCUUGUUUUCUCAUGUUGUGUCUAACACUGACACCGUGUCAACUCUGUCUGCAGGGACCCCUGGCAGGAUGUAUCAUGGUGCGUUUGGGUCUCGUCCCACAGCUGCGAUAUCUCUCAGACCUUCUCAAACUUCGAGCUGUACAACAUGAUCCGUCUCGGCGUCCACCUGGACCCCUCUUCCACUGUCUGGAUUGAGCCGCGCAAGUUUGACUACAGUGAUUUCAGUCAGUGGCAGUUCACAGCUUGUGUAAAACACAAAUCACAUAAAUGAAACAAAGUCUGCAGAUUUGGAUGAGAAAGGGUCAGAGGAGAUUGAAAACCUGCUGGCUCUUGGCUCUUAUUUUGAAGCGUUGAAAGUCCAAUUAUCUGUUUUAAUGUGCCAGCCUGUAAUUAAAUCUAAGCUUUCAGAUAAUUAACAGUUCUUCCUUCUCCUUUCCCCCCUGAGACUACAGCCCUCCUUCUGUCACAGUCUCCUUGAAAGAGGAGCAGCUGUUGGUGAAGGUGCAGUUCCCUUGUGCAGCCAAUCGGAGGUGCUCUAUGGCGAGGUGCUGUCCCAUCACUCAGCUGAUUGAUCCUUGGACCACAGUGACUGUGUACAACAGCCUCAACCAGUCUCAGUACCAGGUCUGACAUGCAAAUGGACUUUUUUUGUUGGUAAUAAAAUAAAGAAAACUACAGCCUUCAAUCUCAUACAAAGUGAACGAGUACUCAGUUGGAUUGAUGUGUUUUAGUAGAUGUGAAUUUAAUACAUUUUAUACUUCCACCAGAAUCAAACAGCUGACAUUCAAUCUUUUUUUUGAAUAACUGAUAUCUCCAAAGACAUAAGAUUUCAUGUAACAAAAUUCAGUCGGUUUCUUUUGAAUCUGUGCUUUUAUUUUGAAAGGCAGUGCUUUCUGUUCUUGCAGAGCCGCACAGUUUGGACCCAGGAAGCGGUCUCUUAUGUGGAGUUCUCAGGCUUGGCUCCAGGUCAAAAUUACUGCGCUGUCGCCAACUUCUCCUUCCCGACCUUUUCAUUGGCCGCUUCCCCAAAGUCUGCUCCUCAGUGUGUCGUGACGCUUUCCAAAUCAGGUGAGAGAAAGACUUCACUUUUAAAGCCUGACAUGCCUUUAGUAGGGCAUGGUGGAGGCCGUGACAGUGGAGGUAUUUUUAUUCAGUCAUCAUUUAUAAAAGUACAGAUAUUGGAAAGAAAGCCAUGUAAUAUCCCCUUCAGUUUCUUUUUGAUUCCCACAAACUAUAAAUCUUCAUGUCUUCAUAAGAGACAAUCUUUUAACAAUGAAGCAAGUUUUGAGAAUUUCUAACUCCUAAUGCCACAAAAAAGACAAAAAAAUCUGAAAAAAUUACACAUAAAAAAAUUUGUAACACUAUAACAAAGUAUAAAUGGAAAUGGAACAAUCAUAGAUCCUCAAGGUACUCCGACAACCUCACUUUGGCUUGUCUUGUAAAUAAUGGGAAUUGUAAAUAAUAGGGUUAGGGUAUGGGUUUAGGGUUAGGGAAAGGGGGUUUGGAUUUAGGGUUAGGGGUUGGGCUUCGGGUUAGGGUAUGGGUUUAGGUUUAGGGGUUAGGGUUUCGGGUUAGGGGUUAGGGUAUGGAUUAAGGUUUAGAGUUGGGGGUUGGGCUUAGGGUUUGGGUUAGGGGUUCAGGCUAGGGUUUUGGAUUGGGGUUAGGGUUAGGUUUUAGGAUUAGGGGGUAAGGAUUAAGGUUCGGGGUUAGGGUUUGGGUUAGGUUAGGAUUUAGGGUUAGGGGGUUGGGUUUAGGGUUUGGGUAUAGGGUUUAGGGUUAGGUUUAAGGGGCUAAGGUUAGGGUUUGGGGUUAGGGUUUGGGUUUAGGGUUAGGGGUUGGGCUUGGGGGUAGGGUGAGUGCUAGGGUUAGGGUUUGUGUUAGGGAUUGGGGUUUGGGUUAGGGUUUAGGGUUAGGUUUAGGGGGCUAGGGUUCAGGGUUAAGGUUUGUGUCAGGGUUUAGGGGUUGGGCUUAGAGUUUGGGUUAGGUGUUGGAGUCAGGAUUUAGGUUUAGGGUCAGGGUUAGGGGUUUAGGUUAUGCGUUUAGUGAUUAGGUUUAGGGUUAGGGGGUUGGGCUUAGGGUUUGGGUUAGGUGUUAGAGUUAGGGUCAGGGUUAGGGGGUUCGGGUAUGGAUGUAGGGUUUGAGUUAGAUUUAGGGUUAGGGUGCGUAUGUUUUGCAGUGCAUAUGUUGUUUUAUCAGGAGAAAUUAUUUGUUGAACUUGUGUUCUCUCUCAGGGUUGGUACCUCUGCUGUGUCUGGCAUUCGGACUAACUUCUCUGCUCCUUGUUCCAUUACUCACCAUGUUUCUACGCAAACCCAAACAAGAUGAACCAGCUAUUGAAAUUCAAGCCAAGACCCAGGUAUUUUUCAGAGUCAAAUAUCAGAAUUUCCUUAAAAAAUGUUUACUUUGCAGACAACUAACCCUGGUUUCUCUUAUUAAGGCAUCUGUUCAUGAUUCAGUAACUUUGGUCCCUUUCGCUCUGGAACCAGUUGACCAUUGUGACAUCCAUGUUGAAUUCACUGAAGACCAAAUCUCCACUGACUCUUCCUCAAGCCUUCAGUCUGACCAGGACCAGAUCUUGACCGUACAAAACGGCAAUGAACCCAUGCUGGGUGGUUUCAGCCCAGGUGCAUCGUACUGUGAUAGUGGAGGGAUGGAGCUGGAGCAAGGUCUAGACUCUGGUAUUGGCGUAUCUCACCCCUCUGAUGAGACAUGUGGGGUAAAUGGAUACUGAUACUCAACAACUCAGAGAGAUUUACAUCCUUAUAGAGGUUUAUGUUUACAGAGCCAGAAUUCACCUGCCCUACUUUGACCCCUGGAAAAGUCUGGAGGAAAUUUGACCUUGUUCAAGAGGUGGGAAACCAUGUGAAAGAACAAGUUUAGUUCAUCUCUGUUUUACCAAUAUCAUCUCUUAAAGACAAGUAAAAAAGAAAGGUAGAUGCCAAAGAUAUUGGCAUUUGUGGUACUUAAAUCUCAUGUCAACCUUUUCAAUGGAGCAGAUCUGUAAUGUUUAUUCGUAAUAAUAUUUAUCAAGGCUAACAAAAGUCCACUACCAAGCGAGAACUUUGCAAGAAAUAACAUCCUUUAAUCAGGCGGAAACCUCAAGCAGAACCAGACUUAUCACUGGAAGGUGCCAUUAAAGCUGUAAAUGAAGUGCUUGCACAGAUACACUUGUAUCUGUGAAACUAAGGUCAUACUUUGAAAUUUAAUUCCCCGGGGUCUUGAAAGGAUAGAAAUGUUGGGACCAAUUUUAAAAGGUAUCAGCACAUUCCUCUGGCUUUGACCGCUUGUCCAAUGUGAGUCAGAGGAUUGAUGGUGAACGAGCAUCACCAAUGAAGCGUAAAUAGUUUAUCUGACAAAUCCAAGAGGAGCUGUUUGUAUGUACCAAUGAUUCAGAGAAAAACCUAAAUGCGGUAGUGGUUCUUCCCCCUCUGCCUCUUUUCUCUGAGGUUCAUUGACUCCCAAACUGGGACGGCCAAAAACCAUAAGCCUCAUAAACAAGAAUUAAGAACACGUUUGUGUUGCACACAGCCCCCUCAUGCUGCUUUUUACCCCCAAAACGUGAUAACAGAGAGUACUCUAUUCCACCAUUCAUUGCUCUGAAAUGUGUCUGACUCACUGUUGCCCCAUCACUGCCUCUUAGCCGUGACUGACGCCACACUCUGCCUCCUGCAUUAAAACAAGGAAAAUCAUACAUCUCCCUUUCCUGCCCUCUGUUUUGCUGGUGUUGCAUUCUUUCUGCAACAUUGGGUGCGCCUUGGGGAUUUGGCUGUCCAGCAUUGUUUGUUUCUUGCUCUACCUUUUCCAGAGUCCACAGAGACCUGGGGGGAAUAUCCAAACCCUUUACUUUUUAAAUUGUGUUGAAUGUUUUGCCUGCUUGUUUCAUGUAAAGCACCUUGAAUUGCCCUGCUGCUGAAAUGUGCUAUACAAAUAAACUUGACUUGACUUGACUUGACUUAUACACAAGGCUUUUAUCAAUAAGUACAAAGUGUAUUUUGCUGUGGAGAAAUGAUUAAUGUAUUAAGAAAGAAUCUGGCUUAUGGAAAUUUGCACCUGUCUACACAACAGACAGAAGUGCUGCAUUUUUGACUGUUUUGAUUUUAUUUUAUGCUAUCUGCAGGAAUUUUUUUUAAAGAAAUACACAUACUGAGAGUUGGUUUAGACAAGUGAACUGCAGUGUUACUUCAGGCUGAUUGCAGCAAGUUAUUUUUUUCAAUAUGAACUGAACAUUUUAAUAUGAACUGAUAAUUUUGUCGUGUGACUACAAAAUUAAAUGUUGUUUAUUAAUAUUUCACUUAAUAAAAACUUGUAAUCUCUAUAAAGAGUUGAAAACUGAUUUCAAGAUGAUAGCAACAUCACCCUACAAAGGCAUAAAGCAUUAGGUUUACUACUGGUUGAAGAAGUGAUAUUACCUACAGUAUUAUAGCUACUAGGCUAUAAUUUUGUAAUGAAGAUGUAAUUGUUGAACAUCGCCAUAGACGUGUCAAGAGAAAAACAUCCUUGACAAAAGUGAGCCAGAAAAGAAGCUCCUUAAACUUGUACAACACAACAUAUCUAUGUAAAAACUUAGAAGCUACAGCUACUUUCAGUUAAGCUAGCUUGCAAGCUAACCAUGUACCCUAACUUAAACUAAUCAAACAAAAAUAUUAGGUUGGUUCCUGUUUUUCUUCUCAAGUCCAAAUAUCUACUUUUAAAAAAUGUAUAAUUUAGUAAUUUACUCUAUUUGACACUUCUGCUCAGUCAACUAAAUUUGGAAGAGAAUAACAGCCAACCUUGUGCUAAAGUUAGCUAGUUUAGUAGCUGCCAUACUUGGUCGGUACAUUGUCUAAGUUGAGUUAACUUAAGAAAAUCUGUGAAAACCAUAUUAAGAUGUACGAAAGAAGUAACUGAUGUAGUGAAUUUAUAGUUUUAAGACACCUAAACUUGAUCCUUGAGAGCUUAAAAAUCAGGUUAAAAUGGUUAUAAAAGAUGAAAUCACAGUUCUAGCUUCUCACACAAUUAAGGGGUAAGUUAAUCAGCCUAAAACAUCAUACAAAGGUAAACAACUCUACUGAUUUCCACUAUUUUCUUGUUCUUAAAUCACAUGGAUUGACUUCUUUUUCUUGUCUUUCUGUGUUGGGCAGGAAAUGCUUAGUCAUUCCUUCAGUGACUCACCUUCCCUCUGGGUGUUGGACUCUUUUCCACCCCCAGCAUCGAUGGUUUCACUGUCCGCAGAUGGUCAGCAAUGCCCAAUUAAGAAACAAGUUGCACACACCAUAAACACUGCACAGCUGCACUUUUUGGGCUAAAUAAUAAAAAAAUAUACACAACCAAUUUUAGACCACAAAUGACCAGCACACAUUCAUAUCAACAGUCUUUUAUUUGGCAAUACAUCUCAUUCAUUCAUUCAUCCAAUAAUUAAUAUACAGAUAUAUACAAAAGCAAAAAAGACAUCAGUGUCUUUGAUAAGCCAUCUUGCAGUAAAAGUUGGCAGUGCAUUCUUGGCCUCUUUAACAGUGUCAUUAGGUUUCUAUCCUCCUCUCUUACAAAUGCUCCUGACAUCAGUUGUUGUGCCGUACCAUCGUGUGUUCCUGCUGCAGAACAUCCAUCCAGUUCAGCUUGCAGUCUCUGUUCUGCACCAGUACUGAAAAGAAGAGAGAGAUUUUAAUCAUGAUAUACUGCAACAUUUUUGUCAUACUACACUUAGACAUUCUGACAUACUGAACUACAACUAUUUUUUUUAUC